AUGUCAUCCUCAAUCCUUCUCGCCGGAUGCACCUCCUCCAACGGCCUGAGCAAUGUCUAUUUGGUUUCACUGCAGUACAGAAAUGCCAGCACCUCAGUCACUAAUGAUCCCGUGCUGGUAAACCCAGGCAUUGCGGAAAAAGUCUACAAUGUCUCGCACGGCAAUAGCACAAUUCGCGAAGUGCGCGCGGGGUACAUGGGUCUCUGUUUGACCCUGAGCAACGGGGCGCAGUUGUGUUCUGGCAGUGCGGCGGCGCUGGCUAGCAUGGUCAAGGCGGAGGGGAUACAGGGCAACGACACUGGCGCGGCUGACCCACUGAAUCUGAUUUGGAUUGCGCAGAAUUUCAAAGAAAAGAUUGUUUUUGAUGGGUUGAUAUUCAUCGCUGUGGUCUUGACCUUCCUUUGCUUUAUUCUCUUGUCGACAUUUCCAGGAUGGCACGAAGAAAUCGACGAGAAUGGGUCGGAGCGCGAAGUCAAGCCGUUCCCCUCUAGGCCGGUUUCGCAGGCUGCGCUGGGGUUGAGUGCGCUGGGGUUCAUGUUCGGCUUGGUCUCCAUUCUUUGGCAGCAUGUCAAUAGUAGUGCUGCGGGGACCAUGUCCGAGAGCCUCACGUAUGGGGCCAUCCAGGGCCAUGUCGGGACGGCGGCGAUGAUUCUCGGAUGGGCUGCUGUGGUCUGUUUGGGGAUUAUUGCUCUGGCAUUGCUGAUUAUGAUCCUGAGUAUUCGAAUGCUUGCCAAGUUGACUGAGGAGGACUAG